CUCUCUUUUUCCUCUUAACGCGAUUUACAACACAACUGUCUCGUCUCGUGUUCCCACCACCCCAUAUAUAACCCUUUCUUUUCUCUUCUUUUCUCUCUCUCUCUUCCCGAAGAAAAAUCCAUCUUUUUUCUGUGUGAUCAGAGGGGUAACAACGAUUGCUUCUUCAAUUCUUUCUAGUAUAUAACUGGGAUUCGAUCAAGUCACGAACUUUUCUUCGAUUUGAAUGGAGGGUCAUCAUCUCCAUCGCCACCAUGGGCAGCAACAACAGCAACAAAGGCUUCAGCCUCAGAAUACGAGUGCCAACGUUGAUGCGACUGAUAGGUUUCCCCAAUGGAGUAUCCAAGAGACUAAGGAGUUUCUCGUGAUUCGUGCAGAGCUGGAUCAGACUUUCAUGGAGACUAAGAGGAACAAGCAGUUGUGGGAAGUGAUCUCAACGAGAAUGAAGGAAAAGGGUUACCAUAGAAGUGCAGAGCAGUGCAAGUGCAAGUGGAAAAACCUCGUUACUCGCUACAAGGGGUUUGAAACAAUGGAGCAAGAAGCGACGAAGCAGCAAUUCCCAUUUUACAAUGAAUUCAGUGCGAUUUUCACGGCAAGGAUGCAGAGAAUGCUGUGGGCUGAAGCUGAGGGUGGGUCGAAGAAGAACAAGGGGACGCAGCUCUCAUCGGACGAGGAAGAAGAUGGCAAUGAAGAGAGUGCAGAAGCUGGUGGGGGAAGAAAGAAGAAAAAAGCAAAGAUAGCUAGUGGGGGUGGUGGUGGUAGCAGUUUGAAGGAGAUUCUGGAGGAGUUCAUGAGGCAGCAGAUGCAGAUAGAAGCACAAUGGAUGGAAGCAUUUGAAGCAAGGGAAAAUGAGAGGAGGUUGAAGGAGAUGGAGUGGAGGCAAGCCAUGGAAGUGUUGGAGAAUGAGAGGAUAAUGAUGGAAGAAAGAUGGAGAGAAAUAGAGGAACAAAGGAGGAUCAGAGAAGAAGCUAGGGCUGAGAAAAGGGAUGCUCUAAUCACAGCUUUGCUAAACAAACUAGAGAGGCAAGAAAUGUGAUGAAGAUGAAGAUUUCAAGACUUUAUUCAGUUCCAUGAUCUCCACACAUUUGAAGAGGUUAGUGUUGGAUUGUUCACAAGAAAAUACAAAUAUAGUGGACACCAAGAAAAAGGCAAGAGAUGUAGUUUAGUAGUUAGGAAGCCAAGUAGGCAAAUAGUGUAUUUUCUCUUCCAUGAAACAAGCUUGAUGAUAUAUAGAGAUUUGUUCUUAGUAAAAAUUCUUAGAAAAAAAAAAUUAACUUUAUGAUAUUCUUGUGAUUUUCUU